AUGGACAUAAGGCUGAGGGAGGCUGCUCAGAAAGGAGAUGUUCUUUACUUGCAAAGCUUGAUCAAAGAAGUCCCUUUUCUGCUCAGCACAAUUUCAUUAGAAGGUAGUAAUAAAACUCCUCUGCAUAUUGCUUGUUUGAGUGUCCAUCUUGAGUUUACUAAGGAGAUCAUUCAUUUAAGGCCAGAAUUUGCAAGAGAACUAAACCAGGAUGGUUUUAGCCCUUUGCAUAUUGCCUCAACAAAUGGAGAUAUAGAGAUUGUAAAGGAGCUCUUGAACAGUAUGAAUACUCGUCCAGCUGUCAAAGUGUUGUACAACUGUAAAAGCUGUUUGCGUCAAAAAGUUGGUGAAGCUGCACAGUACUUCACCAAUCAGAAGCAAGGAGGUUGCUUGUACGUUUGGUAA